AUGUUCCGGGGUCUGAGCACUUGGUUUGGCCUGGAGCAGCCGGCGGACGACGCCCCGUCCGAGAAAGACAAGGAGCCCGAGGAAGACGCUCCGCCGGAGCCGAGCGCCGAAGUGGUGGCGGAGUCCGCGGAGGAGGAGCCGCAGAAAGCUGAGGACCAGCUCGACCUGGACAAAGGCCUCGGCAACUAUCUGUUUAACUUUGCAACUGUAGCUACAAAAAAGAUAACUGAAUCGGUGGCCAAAACAGCACAAACAAUAAAGAAAUCAGUAGAAGAAGGGAAAAUAGAUGGCAUCAUUGAUAAGACCAUUAUAGGAGAUUUCCAAAAGGAACAGGAGAAAUUUGUUCAGGAGCAACAUACAAAAAAGUCAGAAGCAGCAGUGCCUCCAUGGGUUGACAGUAAUGACGAAGAAACCAUCCAACAACAAAUCUUGGCCUUAUCAGCUGACAAGAGGAAUUUCCUGCGGGACCCUCCAGCUGGCGUGCAGUUCAAUUUUGAUUUCGAUCAGAUGUACCCAGUCGCCCUGAUCAUGCUUCAAGAAGACGAGCUGCUGAGCAAGAUGAGAUUCGCCCUGGUUCCAAAACUUGUUAAAGAAGAAGUGUUUUGGAGGAACUACUUCUACCGCGUUUCUCUGAUCAAGCAGUCGGCCCAGCUGACUGCCCUGGCCGCCCAGCAGCAGGCCGCUGGAAAGGAGGACAGGGCCAAUAGCAGGGACGGCGACUUGCCACUGCCAGAGGCAGUACGGCCCAAAACACCACCUAUCGUAAUCAAAUCUCAGCUUAAAACUCAAGAGGAUGAGGAGGAGAUUUCCACAAGCCCAGGCGUUUCUGAGUUUGUCAGCGAUGCAUUCGAGACCUGUAACUUAAACCAGGAGGAUCUGCGGAAAGAAAUGGAGCAACUCGUGCUGGACAAAAAGGAAGAGGAGGCAGCGGUUCUGGAAGAUGAAUCUGCAGAUUGGGAGAAAGAGUUGCAACAGGAACUUCAAGAAUAUGAGGUGGUGACUGAAUCAGAGAAACGAGAUGACAACUGGGAUAAAGAAAUAGAGAAAAUGCUUCAAGAAGAUUAAUUAGCUGAUUUCAGCAAUCCACCAGUAAUCUGUAGCAUUCUUCAAACUGACAUUAAAUUCUAGAU